CGGGCGGCGGAGGCGGGCGCGCGGAGCACACAGCAGCUCCAGCUGGAGAGGCGCCGUCGGAUCUGCGUCGUCCCGAGCGCAGACCGGAGCUCGCCCGCCGCCCCUGCGGCUGAGCGGGCCUCGGCAGCAGCCGACUGACGGCUCGGCCGCCACAGACAGAUUGGCCGCCAGCCCCCAGCUCCCGGAGGAGCCCCUGCCGCGUCCACGCCGCCCGAGCCCAGCAGGUGCUGGGAAACCGCAGGCGAGCGCGCCCCGUGCGGCCGACCCCGAGCCCCGCCCGCCGUUCGCCGUCCGCCGUCCGCCGUCGGGGCGGCCGCGGCCCCGGUCCCCGCCCGGCCGCGGAGCGGAUGCGCGCUCGCUGAGCGCCCGCCCGGCCCGGCCAUGGCCGCGCGCCCCGGGUCGCUGUGGCUCGUGGGCCUGGCGCUGUGCGCGCUGAGCGGCGGCGGCCCCGGCCCGCGCGCCCCGGCCGGCUGUCCGGCCCGCCGCCUGGGCCCGCGCGAGCGCCGCGACAUGCAGCGCGAGAUCCUGGCGGUGCUCGGGCUGCCCGGGCGGCCCCGGCCCCGCGCGCCGUCCGCCGCCGCCCGGCUGCCCGCGUCGGCGCCGCUCUUCAUGCUGGACCUGUACCACGCCAUGGCCCGCGACGACGACGAGGACGGCGGCCCCCCCGAGCGGCGCCCGGGCCGCGCCGACCUGGUCAUGAGCUUCGUCAACAUGGUGGAGCGUGACCGUACCCUGGGCCACCAGGAGCCCCACUGGAAGGAGUUCCGCUUUGACCUGACCCAGAUCCCAGAGGGGGAGAUGGUCACAGCCGCUGAGUUCCGGAUUUACAAGAUGGCCAGCACCCACCUGCUCAACGGGACCCUGCACGUCAGCAUGUUCGAGGUGGUCAGAGAGCAGUCCAACAGGGAGUCUGACUUGUUCUUUUUGGAUCUUCAGACGCUCCGAGCUGGGGACGAGGGCUGGCUGGUGUUGGACGUGACAGCAGCCAGUGACCGCUGGUUGUUGAGCCGGAACAAGGACCUGGGGCUCCGCCUCUAUGUGGAAACGGACGAUGGGCACAGCGUGGAUCCUGGCCUGGCCGGCCUGCUGGGGCGACGGGCGCCGGGCUCCAAACAGCCUUUCCUGGUCACUUUUUUCAGGGCGAGCCCUGGUCCCGUCCGAGCCCCUCGGGCAGCGAGGCCCCUGAAGAGGAGGCCGCCCAAGAAAACCAACGAGCUGCCACACCCGAACAAACUCCCGGGGAUCUUUGAUGACGUUCACGGCACCGACGGCCGGCAGGUUUGCCGGCGGCACGAGCUCUACGUCAGCUUCCAGGACCUCGGCUGGCUGGAUUGGGUCAUUGCUCCCCAAGGCUACUCGGCCUAUUAUUGUGAGGGGGAGUGCUCCUUCCCGCUGGACUCGUGCAUGAACGCCACCAACCACGCCAUCCUGCAGUCCCUGGUCAGUACCGCGUCCAUCCUGUCCCCACCCACGGGGAGAGGGCUCGUGCAGCCAGGUGGAUGGAAGCGCCUGCUCGGGUCUCAGGGAGCUCUCCCCACCCUUCACUGUAGGCACACGCAGUUAACUUCCCACGUCUGUACAGGAACUGGUCCCUAUGUGGCCACGUUCACAUGUAGACCCCUAGGCAUCUGAACCCACACACACCUGACUUACCCUGACUGCUUGUGCCCACCCAGAUCCGUGCCCUGCACAUGCACGUGUAAGGCAUUCACAUACAUAUGUGGGCACCCAGAUUUACAAGACAUGCUUGCUUCUGGUCACACAUCACACCACAACACACACAUAACAUGUGCAUCCCACCUGUGUACCUGUGUGCUCUAAACACACAUCACCGUGUCCCCUGGCAUCCUCGGCCUCCCGUCACACAGAUGCCUGUGGGGUGAGUGACAGGCAUGUGCAUUCAGCCACCUGCUGCACGGUGUAUGAGGAGAGCGUUACAGGUGUGGCCUGGGUGAUGGGCUGGGCUUUGCCCCCCCCUUCUGUUCACCUCCCCAUUGUCUUUUUCCUGGUCCCUUAGUUCUUUGUGUCUCCCACAGGUAGUAAAUGCUUUUGAUGCUGUCUGGGGUACCUUUAAAUGCCGAAUAAUAGUUUCUGUGAGGAGCUUUGUUGCUGCUGUUUAUUGCUAAGUGUUUUAAAAGUUUGUUGAUAAUAGGAUUGAGAUUUCUUUCUAGAACGUUUACCUAGAAGCCUACUUCCUGGUGUCCCUGCCCCUAUGUUAAUCUAGUAAGAGAUUAAGUGAUGCCCCUGAGUGAGAGUAAACAUCACUGACAGUGGCUUUGACCCUGUGGUCACACUGCCUUUCUCACAUCAAGUGGGAGUUGCUGCCCUCAGGGACUGCUUUCCUGGGAAAAGCUUGGUCGUGAUGAGACACACAUGGUUCUCCUGGCCCACAAGGGUGUGCAGCUCCCAAGUCAGGAUAGCUGGGUGGGCUCGGGCUGCAGGGAGGCAUGGGGGGCCGGGAAGGUGAGGUCAGAGGUGGGCCCGGGAGGGAAGCGGGACCUGCAGGUCUGAGGAGGGGCCGGGCUGAAGCUCUGGAUGUCAGAGUGGCAUGGGGCUGUCCCUCCAGUCCUGAGAACAGGUGAGCCUCUCUGGGGAGACGGCAGAUGCAGGAGCGGAGGUGAGGACUGGCCUCCUCCAUGGGGAGGCCGGGCAGUGAUGGGGGGCUUGGGGUGUCGUGAAGGCAAGAGAAGGAAGCAUUUCCUUCUAGGCUCAUCCUCUUAGCCCUUCUCCACACAGCAGCUGGGGAUCCCACUAAAGCACAACCUAGCACCUCGUUCUCAGUUGAGAAACUUGGUCUCGCUUCCUACCAUUCCCAGGAGGAAGGUUGAGCCCUUGGCCUGGGACGCAGGACCCCUCGUGAGCCGCCCUGCCGACCUCGCCAGUGUCCCCACAUGUUCUAGUGCCCUCAUCUCCCUGCAUAGGCUGUUUCUCACCUUCCUGCCUUUGCACCUGCUGUGCCCUCCACUUGCAGGGCCUCCUCCCCUGCCCUGGGCCCAGCCACCCCCUGCUCCCCUUGCACGCCUCAUGUCUGUGGCCUUUCCCUGCCAGGGGUCGUCACCAUGCUCAUGCUCCCAGUGCUGAAGGCCUGCUUUGUUGUGCCGCUCCGGUGGGUCCUGGUUGUCUGCUGGAAUAUUCCCCGUCUCCCUUUCCCUCCCCACUGAGUCUGUGAAAGCAGGGACCAUGUCUGGGACAUUUCUGUGCCCCAUGCUGGCAGAGCUGGCACAAGGCACAUGUCCUAGAUACAUUUGUGUUGGAAAUGAGAAAAGUACCAUUCUACCCAUUUGGCAGAGGAGAAAACGAGGCCCACAGAUGCGCGAUUUGUACCCAAAGAUGCACAGCCAGUAAGUGACAGACCCUUGGAUUUGGUCUCCCGGUGGCUCAAAACUGAGCUGGGUGGAAUGGCACAUUAGCUUCCCCAAGUCACCCUGUUUGGUGCCAGAUGGAAUAAAAGACCUUCUUUCUGUCACUCAUCUGACAAAGCUCUCGUCUGGGGCGUGGGGGAGGUCUCAGAAAGGCCGUACCCCCGCAGUGCCCAACUUCUCUCCGGCACCCCGACUCGGGAAAGACCCUCCCCUGUUCCCAGUCAUUCAGAGCCCGUGGCUGGGGCAGGCAGGCAGUGUCGCCUAGUUUUUCACGUGGGCCCAUGAAGGCCAAGCUGGGCCACCGCAUUUGGAGGUGGGGAAGUUGGGAGCAGUGGCACCCAGGUCCUGUCUGGCUGGACAUCCCCACAGCGGCCUCGGCCUCGGCCUCCCCCUGGGCCCCUGAGAGGCUGUUGGGCCCUGAGCCAGCUGGUGUCCUCCCGGCAGGCUGGCUCAGAGCUGGGCACAGGGGAGUGGGGGCCAGACAGAUUCCCCCACCAGACAGCUUCAUCCGGGUCCUGCUCGGCUGCGUCCGAGAGGGUGGGGGGCCCUGGGCUGCACGACACAGGGAUGGAGCAGGUGUCCUCUUCUCUCCUGCCUCCCCACAGCCUCGGGCCACCUUUGGGCCUGCAAGUGGGGGGCCCUGACCCGGAAUUCCGUGUAAACUGCGGCUCGUCCUGCCAGGGCUUGGGAGAAAUAUUUUUAGGAAGCUGAAAAUGGGCCGUUCCUCAGGCAGGCUCUCUCCUGGCAGUAAGGCUGUUCAGAGGGCAGCAGGUCAGCACACCCCGUCCAAGUUCCGCCACACCUGAGAGCCAUGCGACUCUGGGCACCACGCAGGGCCUCCGUGCCCUCUGUCUUGGUCGGCCCAGAACAGUAGUUGCCUUAGAAGUUGUUAUCAGGGGUGGCAAGUGCCUUGAGGAGUAACAGCACUGAACACGAGGAUGGACCUAGGAUUCUAGGUCUCUCCUGUUCUGUGAUCGUUCACUGGCUCACAGCUGGGAGGGGAGACAGAUGGCAAACAGCUAAUGGGGACAAGAUAUGAUCAGGGACGUUACAGGAGCACAUGGGAGGAGCGGAGGGGACCCCAGAGGGGUGGUGCGGCAGAGGGACUGGGCACUGGGCACGCCAUGUGCUGGAGACCAG